AGUCAGCACACAGUCCACUUGAUAACAAGACUGGAGCAUAUCACAUUUCUUUUGUGGGACUGGAGAGUCUCCUAUUGAUUCACCAGAGAUUAGAGCAGCUCCACGGUCCUUCAACGCUCAAGCCAAGAAAGAUGCUUCAAGGAAGAGCUUGCGCCAUGAGUUGAACUCUCUGUGGACCUGCCUUCUCUGACUGCUUUCACCUGCAAACAUGGGGUUAUACGGGAACAUGAGGAACUUGUGCGGAGUAGUAGGAGUGGUGUUGCUCGGGCUAAGCCUGACCCAGCCUGUUCUUUCUCAGACUAGCUGUAAAGCAGAUGUGGCCCCACAGAAUUUUACCCAGCCUCACUACCACGAUACAGCCAAAAAUAAUUCAAAAACAGGCUUUAUGUCAGCCAUAGUCCAGUCCUUUCUCUACACAGUUCAGCCAAACGCCUUUCCUUCAGAUUUGGUGGUCACGGUAGUCAAAGAGUUCCAACAUGGGCUGCCAAAUCAAGAAACCAUCAAAGAAAUCCUGGUGCAUGAAGUGGGUUUCUUGGUGUGUAUAGCCAUCGGGAUCCUGUACAUCGUCCUCAUGCCCAUAGUUGGAUUCUUCCUGGCCUGCUGCCGCUGCUGUGGCAACUGCGGUGGGAAGAUGUACCAGAAGCAGUCAUCCUCCAUUCACUGCUGCAGGAAAACGCUCUACUGGUGUGCAUUCGCCACCACCAUCAUUAUCUUAGCUGGGAACGUCUGCAUGUUCAGAAGUAACGAAGCCCUCAAAGUGAGCGUGGACAAGGGUCCAGUGGAGCUGAUAAACUCUAUUGAAAAUAUCAACACCUUCCUCACCAUUGUGCCUCAGCAAAUUAACAGUGUUGUGGACGAGAGCUACAAAACUGUGGAUGAGGUUAAAAAAAACCUGCAAGACAUCGGAAUCCAGUUGGGAUCAGCGAUCCAGAGUAAAUUCAACGGUACCCUGCACAGAGCGUUGCGCGCCGUUAAACUUCUGGAUCAAGAGAUUCAAAACACCAGCCGUCAACUGAAGACGUUGAACUCUUCUUUGGUCCAGCUGCAGUCCAGUGCAGACCGCGUCCAGGCCAAUAUCACUGCUGUGAAAAACAGCAUCAAUCAGACUUUAUCCGAUUCAAGAUGCCAGGACUGUACCACACUAAGCCAAGUACUACAGUCACUAACAGUGGAUACCACCAUUGAUACUCGCGGCUUGAGCGAGUUUCAGUCCGCAGUGGAUAAAGCCAACCAAGCUAAUCUCACAUCCCAAAUCAACAAGGUGGAGGAGUAUUUCAAAAACAUCCCCCAGACGGUGACCAAUGAAACCAACAAUAUAGUUCAAAGCAGCAUCAAACAGCUGGACAGCAUAAAAACACAAAUCAGUCAGUUUAAAAAUGACUUCCCUUUAUCUGCGCUGACGGAGAUGUCUGGGACACUGAACAAGACACAAACUGACAUCCAGAAGGUCUUGCCACAAAUCAACAACGCCGAGUUUAUCAGAUGGAGCGUGUGUGUGACCCUAUGCUGUGUGGUCCUUCUGGUUGUGGUGUGCAACGUCCUGGGUUUGGUCCUGGGCCCUCUGGGUCUGAAACCAAAAGAAGACCCUAUGAAGCGCUCCUGCACAGCGAACUGUGGAGGCAUCUUCCUCAUGAUGAGUGCAGGUUUCAGCUUCCUCUUCUCCUGGCUGUUCAUGAUUGCAGUGCUGAUACUUUUCUUGGUGGGUGGAAAUGUUUACUCACUGGUCUGCCGAUCUUGGAACAAUGGACAACUGCUAAAGUCAGUUGAUAGUUCUGGCUUGAUUCCAUUGCCGCAAAUAGCUUCGUCUUCAGGAAUGAAACUCAACAUCAGUAUCUCUGAUAUCUAUAGAAACUGUGAGGAAAACCAGGCUCUGUGGACAGCACUCAAUUUGUCCCAAAUCAUAGACCUUGGCAACCUGCUAAAUGUGUCAAAAUACACGGGAAGUGUCCAACAGGACUUUGAGAAAACAAAUAUCUCUCUGCCCUCGGUCACUUUUCUGAGCGAUGACAUUAAAAACCAAUUGCAAGAUAUCUCCACUGAAGCUAAAAAUUUUGAUUUCACUGCUAUCAUGCAGCAGAUGAACGCCAUUUCCAGCAUCAAUCUGAAUACAACAGCAGAUGAGCUUGAUAUUUUAGCUAAUAAUCAACCUGAUCCUAAUAUUACACAACAACUCAGCAAUGAGGCUAAUAUUGUCAGGAUGAUCCAGGUUGACAUAGACACAAAUAUCAAGCCACAGCUGACAAAUGUGAAUUCAAGCCUCAAGGGCCUUCAAACCACUACAGACAAAGUCAGUGGAACGGUGGGGGAGGUGCUGAGCAAUGUGCAAGCAGCACAAGACUUUCUCAACACAAAUGCAACUCAGAUUGUAAAGAAUGAAAGCAAAACAUUUCUGGACUGUCAGCUGCAUUACUUCAUUGCUUACACUGACUGGGCCAAACUCAUGAUCAUGCAGCAGGUGGGCCGCUGUGGGCCGGUGGCAGGAGCUUUAGACUCUGUUGAUGUCAUUGUCUGCGCAUACAUGGUGGAAUCUCUGAAUGCCUUCUGGUUCAGUUUGGGAUGGUGCAUAAUGUUCUUCAUCCCCGGCAUCAUCUUUUCUAUCAAGUUGGCCAAAUACUACAGGAGAAUGAAGGAAUCAGAUUUCUUUGAAAACCACAUUACCGUGAACCACAUCCCGCGGGCUAAGAUGAAACAGUGAGAAAGAUGCCAUUCUCGCAGAGCUGCUUUAAAAGACUGCAGAUGCAAACAUUGCUUUGCUUUACAAACUAAAAACAUAUGGUGCACUCCGGCACAGAUGUGGCAUAUUGUCACUCUGAUGAAAAGUCUGAAAAAGGUUACAUACUUUAAAAAAAAUCCAGUUUUUACCACAAGGUGGAAACUCAAAAGCAACUUAUGAAAUGUCCUACACUGCAUAUACAAUAAUGUUUCACACGACAUCUUUAAAAUAACUCAGGGGUACACAGGGCAUAAGGGAAGCUGCAGGGAUUGUUUUUAUCAUAGAAAAUUUAAAGUCCUGUAUUACAAUUAGAGUUUUUAUAUGUUUUUCAAGUUUUUAUACAGGUUUCAUAUGCAUUUCAUAUGUGAACAGAGCUGCUUUAUACAUUUGCAUGAAUGCUGGUGUGCCGUUUGCUCAAUGAAUGUGACUCUAACGUGUGCCUAAUCAUUUCUAACUCAGUUAUUAAUUGUAACUGAACUAAUGCUGAAAAUUAAAACCACAACACUUAUUUUUUUGCUAACUACACAGAACCACUACAUUUUUGUUUUGUUAGCAUUAUGUUGCUGUAAACUGAUUUUGAGAGAUGUUUUGAAUUUGUGCUGAUUUAUAGAUAGAUGUAGAUUUAUGGAUUUGUAAUCGAUACUGUUGCUACACAGCACUUUAUAUCAUCUGUUCUUCUCAAACACGAUUAAA